CAGGUGUGGACCAGACACCCAUCUGCAAGAGGCAUAGCAGCAGCUCAACCUAAAUUGUCUCAACCUGCAAAAGGUUAUCCCCUGGCUUGCCUCAACUGUUGCUGUGGGGUUGUGGAGCUUUAUUAGCUGCGGCCCAGUUUAUAUGGUGCCUAGUGACCUCCUUUAUGGUCCACUGAAUUGAGGCACAAGUGGCUGGAAAAAUCCAACAGGCUGGAAAAAUACAGUAUGAAUGCCCAGAUGAGUAAGAGGAAACAUCUUAACUGAGGCAGCACCUAGCGUCGGAAUGCUAAGCAACAGGUCUAAUGUCCAAAUAUGACCUAAUGUCUGGAGAUGUGAGGGUGCCACAGGGCAGAGAGAAGGCCUGUACCUGGGGGCCAUGUGCCCAGUGCAAGACUACAAAUGGGACCACAGGCCUAGAGCUGGAGGUAUAGGAGAUCCUGCCUGGAGGCCUCACAUGCCUUUCCCAGCUUUCAUUGGCAACAAGAAAGAACUUGGGUGUAGUUGAAAUUUGCUUUGUAGAACAGACUUCAGUGGCAGAGACUUUGUUCAUUUGAUGACCAUACGGACACUGACAUCAGCAGGGCAAGGUUCAGAACAAAGCAUUUAAGACCUGGAAUCUCUACAGCGAAACAUUAUUCACACUUUCUCUGUAUGCUCCAGGCUGCAAUUUUGUGGUGAUAUGGCUAAUAAUAAGUCAGAGGAAGUCCUUCUGCCGAAGAUGGAAUAUGCAAUGAAGUCCCUAUCCAAGUGUGUCUCGGUCAGUGUUACGAUGACUCAACAAUUCCUCUCUCGUCCGGCGGCCAAACCUCGUCCCUUCAGAGUUUGUAACUGUGAGCGCAGCAUCCGAAAGGGCAUUGUGGCUGACAGCCUUGGGGAUCUGGUAAACAAGGCCCAAGAUGCCCUGCUCAUUGGUGAUGCCAUCACUCUGGUCCUGGAUGAAGAUGGAACAGGUGUGGAUUCUGAGGACUUUUUCCUGUCCUUGGACAGUGGGGCUGUGUUUAUGGCCCUUGCUAAAGGACAGAUAUGGAAACCUUCUAAUAAUGCAGGAUACCACAUUUCCUUAUCCAAGAAACCGCAGCGGAAGGUUGACGUGGCGCGUAUUAGUUUUGAUUUGUACAAGAACAAUCCCCAGGACUUCAUUGGCUGUCUGAAUGUGAAGGCCACAUUUUAUGGAGCAUACAGCAUAUCCUAUGACCUGCAGUGCUACAGCGCUAAGAGGAUGAUGAAGGAGGCUCUACGCUGGGCUCUGUUCUCCAUGCAGACUACCGGCCAUGUUUUGCUGGGCACCUCGUGCUACAUGCAGCAACUUCUGGAAUCCAGCAACAGAGUUCUGCCAGAGGAAGAGAAACCAAGCCCCGCCAUCCGGGACCUCCUUCCUUUCUACCCGCGGAGGAUUCUGCAGUAACAACGCAGCCACAAGAUCAGGAUAAACAUGAGUCGUAGACCAAACUGGCUUUCAGUGGUUUCACCACCUCCGUUAUACCUACAAGAAACUGUGAUUUAAUACUGGAAACUGCUCACUCCGCAGAGAUCUGACUUUCAUAAACUUUACAAGCAGCUUACGCAAUAUAUAGCGUCCGUUUACAGGCUAGAACUGAUAGGAAAUGUUCUAUUAUUUUUCUUUUUUUCACUGACUUUCCUCAAGAACAUAACAUAGAGGAACAAUGUGCCAGGCUAUUGUCCUGCUGUUAUCCGUUGUGUAGGGACUGUACAGUUGCCACCGAUGCAGUGUUUUGGAGGGGUGAGGAAGGUGUCGUACACUAUUAUAUAAUUUAUACAGCAUAUUGUAGGUCAGGGGUGUCCCCACUUUGUAGGGGGUCCCGGUAUAAAACAGUAUAGUAAUGAUGCCUUGGAUAAAUCUAGCCAACCCAAAACCACAAGCACUACUAUUAGUAACCUUUGGCGCUCCACAGGUUACCUACUUUUGGUCUAGUGUAAACUUCAGAUAAGUUACACAGCACCGUUCACUUUUUUUUUUUCUUUUUUGGAUGAUUUCUUUGUAGACUUGGGGUAUAGUAAUGCACUGUUAGGGAGCUGAACAUUUUGCACCAUGGUCAGCUACACUGGGAGGCCUUUAGGAAAACACAGAGACUUUCAGUAGAGCGUCCUGGUUCUCCUGCUGAAACUCGUAAUGUUUCCUAGUACCACUGACUGUUACCUGUUCUGGCUUUGCUGUAUGGUAUUUAUAUUUAAACUUUGUAUUGCUUAUUUAUAUUUAUUCUGGUUAUAAACAUUUGUUGUUCAUUGAAUGCUAACAUUAAAACACAGGUGUUCUUGUGAUUUUA